GUCCUGACCCUGCCCGGGAGGAGGCGGCUGGAGCUCGCGGGGCUCCUCCGUUCCCCGCUACCUCCUUUGGAUGCUGACUUCAGGCUCCGUCCCUCUGUAGGUUCUGGAGCCAGAGCCUCGGGGGUGGGGGAGGGAAGAAGAGGGGGAGAGAGAAGAUAGAGAGAGAGAGAGAGAGAGAGAGAGAGAGAGAGAGAGAGACGCUUACUCUCACUCUCCCUUUUUUGACGAAGUCGCUGUCGGGCUUCUCUCAUCUGGACACCGCGGACGCUGGGACGGUGACCCACGCCAGGCUGCGCCGCACUCCGGGGGCCGCAGAAGACCCGCAGCCCGAGCGCCUCCCUGCAAGGAGCCCCGCUGCGGUCCGCGGAGGGAUGGCUCCGGGCUCUGCCUGGCGCGCUCUCCUGCCUCUGUGGCUCUUCUGGGGCGCUGCCUGCUCCAGCGCGGCGUCGGGGGACGACGGAGCUUUUCCUUUUGACAUUGAAGGGAGCUCAGCGGUGGGCAGGCAAGACCCGCCCGAGACGAGCGAGUCCCGCGUGGUUCCGGGACGCCUGCCGCCUGCUGUCGAGAAAUGCGAUGCUGGAUUUUUCCGAGCUGUGUCAGGGGAAUGCUUGCCCUGCGACUGCAACGGCAACUCCAACGAGUGCGCCGACGGCUCUGGAGUCUGCCUGCACUGCCUGAGGAACACAACAGGAGAACAUUGUGAAAAAUGUCUAGAUGGUUACAUCAGCGAUUCCAUCAGGGGACCACCUCAGUUCUGCCAGCCAUGUCCCUGUCCCCUUCCUCACUUGGCCAAUUUUGCAGAAUCCUGCUACAGGAAAAACGGAGCUGUUCGGUGUAUCUGUCACAAAAACUAUGCUGGACUUAACUGUGAAAGAUGUGCUCCUGGUUACUAUGGAAACCCCUUACUCGUUGGGAGCACCUGUAAGAAAUGUGACUGCAGUGGAAAUUCAGAUCCCAACAUGAUCUUUGAAGACUGCGAUGAAGUCACUGGCCAGUGUAGGAAUUGCUUUCGUAACACCACGGGAUUCAAGUGUGAACGCUGUGCUCCUGGCUACUAUGGGGAUGCAAGGAUAGCCAAGAACUGUGCAGUGUGCAAUUGCGGGGGAGGCCCCUGUGACAGCGUAACCGGAGAAUGCUUGGAAGAAGGUUCUGAACUCCCUACAGGCAUGGACUGCCCAACCAUCAGCUGUGAUAAGUGCAUCUGGGACCUGAUGGAUGACCUGCAGCUGGCAGCACUCUCCAUGGAGGAAAGCAAAUCCGGGCUGCUGAGCGUGUCUUCCGGGGCUGCUGCUCAUAGGCACGUGAAUGAAAUGAACUCCACCAUCUACCUCCUCAAAACAAGAUUGUCCGAGAGAGAAAACCAGUAUGUCCUAAGAAAGCUACAAAUCAACAAUGCUGAGAACACAAUGAAGAGCCUUGUGUCUGACGUAGAGGAAUUAGCUGAAAAGGGAAGUCAAGCCUCACGGAAGGGGCAUCUGGUUGAGAAGGAAAGCAUGGAGACCGUCAACCACGCGACUAAACUUGUAAAACAAGCCCACGACAUGAGGGACAAAAUCCAAGAGAUCAACAGCAAGAUGCUGUAUUAUGGAGAAGAGCAGGAACUUGGCCCUGAGGAAAUCUCUGAGAAGCUGGUGUUGGCCCAGAAGAUGCUGGAUGAGAUCAGACGCCGCCAGCCAUUCUUCACCCAGCAGGACCUUGUGAAUGAGGAAGUGGACGAGGCCCACGAACUGUUGAGCCAGGCUGAGAGCUGGCAGCGGCUGCACAAUGACACCCGCUCCCUGUUUCCUGUCGUCUUGGAGCAGCUGGAUGACUACAAUGCUAAGUUGUCAGAACUCCAGGAAUCACUGGACCAGGCCUUGAACCACGUCAGGGAUGCUGAAGACAUGAACAGGGCCACAGCAGCCAGGCAGCGGGACCACGAGAAACAGCAUGAGAAAGUGCGGGAACAAGUGGAGGUGGUGAACACGUCUCUCAGUGCAUCUGUGGACUCUCUGAGGACGCCUCGUCUGACUCUUUUGGAACUUGAUGAUAUAAUAAAGAAUGCAUCAGGGAUUUACGCAGAAAUAGAUGGAGCCAAAACCGAGCUACAAAGAAAACUAUCCAACCUAAGUAACCUCAGUUAUGACUUAGUGCAAGAAGCUAUUGACCAUGCCCGCAACCUGCAACAAGAAGCUGAUGAGUUGAGCAGGAAUUUGCACAGUUCAGAUAUGAAUGGACUGGUACAGAAAGCACUGGAUGCAUCAAAUGUCUAUGAAAACAUUGCUAAUUACGUCAGUGAAGCCAAUGAAACGGCAGAACUGGCUUUGAACAUCACUGAUCGAAUUUAUGAUGCUGUGAAUGGGAUUGAUACUCAAAUAAUUUACCAUAAAGAUGAAAGUGAUAACCUUCUCAGUCAAGCCAGAGAACUACAAGCAAGAGCAGAUUCGAGCAAUGAGGAAGCAGUGGCCGACACCAGCAGGCGUGUGGGUGGAGCCUUGGCCCGGAAGAGUGCCCUUCGAAACAGGCUCAAUGAUGCCAUCAAGAGACUGCAAGCAACAGAGAGAGGUGAUACCCAGCAGCUCCUGGGUCAGUUCAGGCUGAUCAUCGCCGAGGCUAAUAAGACCACAAUGGAGGUCCAACAGGCCACUGCCCCCAUGGCUGGCAACCUAUCCAACUGGUCACAGAAUCUCCAAAACUUUGACUCUUCCGCUUACAACACUGCAGUGGAUUCUGCUAGAGAUGCAGUGAGAAAUCUGUCAGAGGUUGUCCCUCAGCUCCUGGAUCAGCUUCGCACUGUGGAGCAGAAACGGCCUGCGAGCAAUGUUUCCGCCAGCAUUCAGAGAAUCCGAGAACUCAUUGCACAGACCAGAAGUGUUGCUAGCAAGAUCCAAGUCUCCAUGAUGUUCGAUGGACAGUCAGCUGUUGAAGUGCACCCCAAAGCCAGUAUGGAUGACCUAAAGGCCUUCACCUCCCUCAGCCUGUACAUGAAGCCCCCCGUGAAGCAGCCAGAAGAGCCUGGGACUGCAGAUCAGUUUGUCCUGUACCUGGGAAGCAAGAAUGCCAAAAAAGAAUAUAUGGGUCUUGCGAUCAAAAAUGAUAACCUGGUGUACGUUUAUAAUUUGGGAACCAAGGAUGUGGAGAUUCCACUUGACUCCAAGCCUGUCAGCUCCUGGCCAGCUCACUUCAGCAUUGUCAAGAUUGAAAGGGUAGGAAAACAUGGAAAGGUGUUUUUAACAGUCCCAAGUUUAAGUAGCACAGCGGAGGAGAAAUUUAUUAAAAAGGGGGAGUUUGCAGGGGAUGACUCCUUGCUGGAUCUGGACCCUGAGGACACUGUGUUUUAUGUCGGCGGGGUGCCUUCCAACUUCAAGCUUCCUGCCAGCUUAAACCUGCCUGGCUUCUCUGGCUGCCUGGAAUUGGCCACUUUGAAUAAUGAUGUGAUCAGCUUGUACAACUUUAAGCAUAUCUACAACAUGGAUCCCUCCAAGUCAGUGCCCUGUGCCAGGGAUAAACUGGCCUUCACUCAGAGCCGGGCUGCCAGCUACUUCUUCGAUGGCUCGAGUUAUGCCGUGGUGAGGGAUAUCACCAGGAGAGGGAAAUUUGGUCAGGUGACUCGCUUUGACAUAGAAGUCCGAACCCCAGCUGACAAUGGCCUUGUGCUCCUGAUGGUCAAUGGAAGUAUGUUUUUCAGCCUAGAAAUGCGCAAUGGUUACCUACAUGUGUUCUAUGACUUUGGAUUUAGCAGUGGCCCUGUACAUCUUGAAGACACGUUGAAGAAAGCUCAAAUUAAUGAUGCAAAAUACCAUGAGAUCUCAAUCAUUUACCACAAUGAUAAGAAAAUGAUCUUAGUAGUUGACAGACGACAUGUCAAGAGCAUGGAUAAUGAAAAGAUGAAAAUACCUUUUACAGAUAUAUACAUUGGAGGAGCUCCCCCAGAGAUACUGCAAUCCAGGACCCUAAGAGCACACCUGCCUCUAGAUAUCAACUUCAGAGGAUGCAUGAAAGGUUUCCAGUUCCAAAAGAAAGAUUUCAAUUUACUGGAGCAGACAGAAACUCUGGGGGUUGGAUAUGGAUGCCCAGAGGACUCUCUUAUAUCUCGCAGAGCAUAUUUCAAUGGACAGAGUUUCAUUGCUUCAACUCAGAAAAUAUCUUUCUUUGAUGGCUUUGAAGGAGGUUUCAAUUUCCGCACAUUACAGCCAAAUGGGUUGCUAUUCUAUUAUUCUUCAGGGUCCAACGUGUUUUCCGUUUCCCUGGAUAACGGCACAGUCGUCAUGGACGUAAAGGGCACCAAGGUUCAGUCGGCAGAUAAGCAGUACAACGACGGGCUCUCCCACUUCAUCGUCACCUCUGUCUCCCCCACAAGAUAUGAACUAAUAGUAGACAAAAGCAGACUUGGGAGUAAGAAUCCUACCAAAGGGAAAGCAGAACACACACAAACAGGGGAAAAGAAGUUCUACUUCGGUGGCUCACCCAUCAGUCCCCAGUAUGCAAAUUUCACUGGCUGCAUAAGUAAUGCCUACUUUACCAGGCCAGACAGGGAUGUGGAGGUGGAAGAUUUCCAGCGGUACUCUGAAAAGGUCCAUACUUCUCUGUAUGAGUGUCCCAUUGAACCGUCACCAUUGUUUCUCCUUCACAAAAAAGGAAAAAAUUCCUCGAAGCCUAAAGCCAGUCAGAACAAAAAGGGGGAGAAAAGUAAAGAUGCACCUUCAUGGGAUCCUGCUGGCCUGAAAUUCCUGGAGCGGAACACUCCAAGAGACUCCCACUGCCAGCUUUCCAGCAGCCCUAGAGCGAUAGAGCAUGCCUAUCAGUACGGAGGGACAGCCAACAGCCGCCAAGAGUUUGAACACUUGAAAGGAGAUUUUGGUGAAAAAGCUCAGUUUUCCAUUCGUCUGAAAACUCGUUCCUCCCACGGGAUGAUUUUCUAUGUCUCAGAUCAAGAAGAGAAUGACUUCAUGACUCUAUUCUUAGCACACGGUCGCUUGGUUUUCAUGUUUAACGUGGGUCACAAGAAACUGAAGAUUAGAAGCCAGGAGAAAUACAGUGAUGGAUUGUGGCAUGAUGUGAUAUUUAUUCGGGAAAAGAGCAGUGGCCGACUGAUAAUUGAUGGUCUCCGAGUCCUGGAAGAAAGUCUUCCUCCCACUGGAGCGGCCUGGAAAAUCAAGGGCCCCAUUUAUUUGGGAGGUGUGGCUCCUGGAAGGGCUGUGAAGAAUGUUCAGAUUAAUUCAGUCUACAGUUUCAGUGGCUGUCUCAGCAACCUCCAGCUCAAUGGCGCCUCCAUCCCCUCUGCUUCUCAGACGUUUAGUGUGACCCCUUGUUUUGAAGGUCCGAUGGAAACAGGAACUUACUUUUCAACAGAAGGAGGAUACGUGGUGCUAGAUGAAUCUUUCAAUAUUGGAUUGAAGUUUGAAAUUGCAUUUGAAGUCCGUCCCAGAAGCAGUUCUGGAACCCUUGUUCAUGGCCACAGUGUCAAUGGGGAGUACCUAAAUGUUCACAUGAAAAAUGGACAGGUCAUAGUGAAGGUCAACAAUGGCAUCAGAGACUUCUCCACCUCAGUGACACCCAAGCAGAGUCUCUGUGACGGCAGGUGGCACAGAAUUACAGUUAUUAGAGAUUCAAAUGUGGUUCAGUUGGACGUAGACUCGGAGGUGAACCAUGUGGUUGGACCCCUGAAUCCAAAGCCAGUUGAUCAUAGGGAGCCUGUGUUUGUUGGAGGUGUUCCAGAGUCUCUGCUGACACCACGCUUGGCCCCUGGCAAGCCCUUCACAGGCUGCAUCCGCCACUUUGUGAUUGAUGGGCGCCCGGUGAGCUUCAGUAAGGCGGCCCUGGUCAGCGGCGCCGUGAGCGUCAACUCCUGCCCAGUCGCCUGACGUGGCCGAGCACAGCUGCCCAAGUACAGAGUUCUUCAGAGCACUGAGAUAAACACAAAGCCAGCCGAGAGGAACAGCAGCCCUUCGCCCCUGUGGAAGCCUUCAUUUGGCUGAACAGAACUUGCAUGAAUCAUCGGGGACUGGAUGCUUUGUAUUUGUCAUGUGGAGUCUUACCUUGGAUCCCAAAGUGUCUGCAGUGGGCUGCAGUGACGGAGUGGUAAACGUCCCUGCGUGGAGAGCACACUUGCUUCCUGCUGGUGAAAUUACUGUGCCUGUUUCUAAUAAAAUAGAAGGGAUUCUAAAUAAACACUGGCACGCCUUUUUGAAGUGUGGCUAGGUUCUCAGAUUCAUCUUUCUUUCAGGGAAGAUACCUUUCAAUGUAACCCAAAAUUUCUUUGUCCUAAGCUACCUUUAUCUUGAAAAAGAUUUACUAAUUUACAUAUAGCCUAAAAUUAGGUGAUAAGUUUGUUUUUAACACCUUAAUUUGAUCUAUCCGUUUAACAAGAAUAUUUUAGGUUUAUAGCAGC